GCUUGCUCACCAAUGCCCAACUACGGCUACACCUACACACCUUCCAACCCCGCCCCCUCAGCUUUCCUCAAAGACUCCACUCUCCGCGCCCAAUACAUGUCCGCCUCGGUCCCUGCCAACUACGUCUGGCGCUUCGCAGGCUUCUACGCCUCUGUCUCCCAAGCAGGCUACAUGUUCUACACCGAACUAUCUUCCUACUCUCCCUCCCAAUGCGCAGCCAUCUGCGAUGCCAACAUUGCUUGCAAAGGCUUCAAUAUCUACUUUGAGAGAACGCCUAGCUUGACACCUGGCAAUGGAUGCACUAAUCCUGCGCCGCAGGUCGAUGUCAAGUGUGCUUUUUACUCGACUGCGGUGUCUGAGGCUAAUGCUGUCAACAUCGGGUCGUGGAGGAGUUCGUUUAAUGUGGUUAUUACUGGUGGAAAUGGAUAC